AUCAUAUUUGUCCACGUCUAGGUCAGCUGUGAUCGGUUGUUGAAUCAGCCUGGAUUAAUUUCGACCAAUCAGCGUAGAUCAAUGUCUACCAAUUGGCUAGUAGCUUGCUCUCACCACAUAAUGACCUUCCAAUGUUCCCAAAGUGGAAGCUUUGAAUAGAUGGAAACAUAUCAUCUCAACACUGCCUUAAGUAUAGCCCGAAAAUCUCUCAACCCAUCGUGUUACUAAAAUGCUUUUUGAGGUAUUUUAAAACGAAUUAGUUAAAUUACUUGCUGUGCUAAAUUUGGGUCAAACGACUGUAAAGGACUCUGUCGUGGUCAUGAUCUGUACAUCUUGUUUGUUGAUUAGAUCGACAAACUGUCCUUCUUAAUUUAGUUUCUUUACAAGUAUUGUGCAUUUCUUUAGACAGAUGUUGAUGGACGAAUCAAUAACUUGACCAGUGUUCUAUGCAGUUGUUGCAAGUGAACAAUACGAACUAAACUACCAGUAAAAGCGCAAUUACGAUCAAAAGUACUACGAAAAUCGCAGAGAUUUCAAUAACCCAUCAAGUGUUUUAAGGUGGUUCACCAAUCGAAAAUCGGUUUAAAAAACAGGAUAUAUUAAGACUAGUAGACAUAUUUUGGCUCCUUGUCUACGUGACUGGUUAACCAGACCUUUUACCCUAACUUAAAUUAAGGGUCAAGUUAGUGGAGUUCUUACCAGCAUACAUCAAGUUAAAGUGCUAAGUCGCAAGAAGCAAAGCGUAGCCCUUUUGGUCACAAAUUGUGAUUUUUCAGGAACACAAAUUGACACAAAAUUCAGUCAAGAAUUAUCAGCCUAUUAAAUGACAACGUUAUCCUUAAACCCAUGGGCAAGUAUCCAAUGUCUUAUCAUUUCUAAUGUGUUUUUUUCAAUCUUCGAUUUAACAUGGUUACAAACUCCUAUGUAAUUUCUGUGAAAAUCCACCUGGGUUAGAUUAGUUUUAAAGCCUUUAUUUGGCAACAAAAUCUUUUUCUAAAUUAAAUGAAAGUCCUUAUCAGUGUUGUCUGCUUCAGUUCUGUACAUUUUUUCCUCAUUCAUUAACAACUUUCUAGAUUUUAUUAAGUCAAAGUCAUCGAAUUCGUGCAAUGCAAUUGUUAAGUGAGUUCCUUGACUUAGGACCGUGGGCUGUGGCUCAUUGCUUAACUGUCGGCAUAUUUCCCUACAUAGUUCGAUUAUUUCAUUCACCAGUGCCUGAAGUGAAGCCACACUUAGUGUUCAUCUGGGGUAAAAUCAUCGCUAGCGCACAGACGGAAUUCGGUCGCAAUGAUUCUGUCCGUGAUUUCGGCUAUAAAUAUUUUAUCACUUGUCUAAGUGAUACAGAGAAUCUUUCUCCUCUUACUCGAACGAUAACAGCUUUUGCAUUGGCUAAAAUGUUAGAAAAAGACCAAUCUGGAGAGCCUGAUGCGUUUUUUCAAGAUGUGUACUUGAAACAGAAUUUUUUACCAAUCGUACUUACUCAGUUGUUUGAUAAUACACCUAAGCAUCACCAAGAAAUGCAUAUACGCAUGCGAUUAUGGCUGAUUCUUGCAUUGGCUAAGUUAUGGUGUAAAAAUGAUGAAGCUCGUUGGUUUGGUAUUCGACAUAAUGUACCUGAAGUUCUACUUGCCUACUUAAAUGAUGUUUCCCCUGAGGUUCGAGCUGCUACAGUAUAUGCUCUUGGCACUCUUAUAGAGAAUCAGACAACAGACCCAUCAAAACAAGACCACGCUGAUCAGAUAAGUCAUGAAAUCGGUGGUCAGUUAGUGAAAAUUACCUCUCGUGAUGCAAGUCCGCUAGUUCGUUGUUUGUUAGUUGAAGCAUUUCGUGGGUUAGUGAAACAGUUUGAAGCACAAUUGUGUGCUAUUGGCAUUCAAUACAUACAAGAAAUUAAAGUGAGACAAUCGCAACUACAACAAAAUUGUGCAAAACUGUCAACUUUUCCAGCAUCUCCAUGUCCUAUCAAAAGACCUAUGCGUCAUAGUACGAUCAAUUUAAUCACACCUCCUGGAGGAGGAACAGUUAGCGUUGGAAUUAAUAACAGUCUACAAUUAUCUCAUCAAAUGGAGUCAACUGUAUUUUCACAAGCCAGUCAAUCCUUCAAGAGGUCUACAAGUCGAGAAAAUAAUCCAUUAGCUGUUAAAUCUCAAAGUUAUUAUAGAGGUCAUUUAAAUUUGCAACGUCCAUCGUCACCAAUUCUACAUAAAUUGUCUACCAGUCCUGGUUCAGUGUUUUUCACUGGUAGUGGAAAUACACCUAGUACAAAUAUUUAUGUUCAAUUUUGGUUGACAUUAGUUCAGUUGGCACAAGAUCCUUAUCCGGAAAUCUCUCGACUAGCUACAAUUUUAAUUCAGCAUUUAUAUGCUAAGAUACGUGAAAAGACUGAAUAUCAGGCUAACCAUAUUUCACCUAAUAUCAAAAAUGUGGUUGGCAAUAAUUCAUCGUCUACACCGGACAUUUCAUCACAGGUGCUUGGAUCUGAUUCACAUGUAGCGGCGGCCAUUAAUGUAUCCUCCUGUGCUCCAAUAAAUCCCCAUGUCCAAUCAAAAUCCAGUGGAGUGAAUCACGUACCUGUUAUGAAUGGCACAGCUGACCGGGUCGGUGCUAAAGAAUUAUCUUCAAAUUCUACAACAUAUUUGACAUCGUCGCUAAAGACAUCUACUGCAACUACAACAGGGGCGACACUUAUUCAUUCUGCUCAGUUUCCAGGUAGAAGACAUCAACAAACUGAUCAGCGUUUACGUGUGUCGGUUACAAAUCUGCCGAAUACAAUAUUGAAUAAAAAUCCUAUAAUGCCAUCGUCCCUUAAUUGUGACAAUAAUGAUAAUACAAGCGAUGAUAAUUCUAACACUUCCCCUUCUUCGAAUUUAUCAGACGUGCGUACACAGUUCUUUUCAUGGUCGUGUCGUUGGUUCACUCGCCCCCUGUUGUCCACUUAUGGUCAAUUGAGUGCUCAUCACGGAAGUGGUCAUGACAACUAUAUUAUUAAUAAAUUCAAAAAUAAUGAAAGUUUAACUAAUCAUUCAAUUUUGGACAAUGAAUUAGUCUCCUUGGGUACAGUCUCGGUUGAUCCAGAUGCUGUUGCUUAUACAGACCGUGUAAAUCGUCUACGAAGACAACGUAAACUUUCUCGUCUAGGACGUAUAAAAUGGGAACGUUUCGCCGGUGAAGUAUGCUGUCCUACUACACCAAUGGCAAAUAUGACUCGAAGUGUUUCAACUGAUCAUAAUACCAAUAACACUAGUAGCAGCCGUAUAAGUCUGCGUAGUAAUGAUAGCGGAGGUAGUAGUAGUACAAGCAAUUCAUCCACCAUUGUUACACUUCAUCCUAGUGCACUUUACAAUUGUACUGCUGCCACUACUACUUCUCCUAGUAAUAUUAGUAGUGGUUAUAGUAAUAUUGAAUUCGACGGUAUAUCAACAAAAAUAAAGUUUCAUCCAUAUCAACCAUAUUUGGUUGUUGUUAAUCCAAAAAAAGGUGUUGCAAUACAUUCAUCAAAGAACUUGGAUCGCUUACAUUGUAUCAAUCUAUCAGAUUCAUCGAAUCCUCUAUUUCCUGAAAUAUCGUCGCCGUUGUCAUCUGUAGACGGGUAUUCACGGGCAGGUUAUGUUACCGAUGUGGACUUUAUCAAUGCAGCUGAAGAGCAAAGUUUACUAUUAACAGCUACAAAUGAUGGUUAUAUUCGUGUAUGGCGUAAUUAUACACAUCAUCUUGGUCAAGAUCCAGAGAUACUCACUGCCUGGGCUGGUAUUACUGAUUUACAUCAAACUGACUAUCCAAUUGGUGUUGUUGUCCAUUGGAAUCAACAAGCGAAUCAAUUAUCUGUCUCAGGUGAUACUCGAACAAUACGUAUAUGGGAUUGUUAUUGUGAAUCAAGAUUAAGAGAUUUGAAUACUGGUGCAGACACCUCGGUAACAUGUCUUACUCAAAGUGGAGAUAAUCAUUUAAUCGCAGCUGGAUUCAAUGAUGGAGGAGUACGGGUUUGGGAUUUACGUGUACCAUCGAGUCAUAAUAAUGAUAAUCUUAUAUUCAAUAGUCAGGCUGAUUCAGAUCGGAUACAUAAAGUAAUGUUUUCACCGUUGAAUCGACUGUAUGCUAUAGGCGCUAUGGGUGGUGUUGGAGUGUGGCAGUUAUCCUCAUCAGCUGGUAGCAAUAACAUCACUAUGACAACUUCUACUACAACGAGUACUCCUACUGCUACUUGUGUGAGGAGUAACUAUGGUCGCACUAGGUGUAUAUCAACAGCGGUUACAUCACCACCACACUUUACCAAUGCUAUGGGUAUUCGUAGCGAUUCUUAUAAUAGUGGUAAUAGCAAUGCUACGACAUCUCGACGAUUUCGACGACUACCAUGUCCUCCACGAUUAUCUUUGCCAGCUAAUUCAUUUGUCAGUUGCGCUGAUUUACUGGUUGAUUUGUCCUCUCCACAUGCGCAUCUUGCAGUAGCUGGUUAUCGUGGUCAGUCAAGUAUUUCUCUGCAUCGUAUUCAAGAUGGAAGUUUACAUUCAUCUAUUAAACACUAUGGUCAUCUUAGUCGAGAGCAAUUCGGAACACCUACAUGUUGUACUUUCCAUCCGAAUGAGCUUCUAAUAGCCGCCGGUUUGGACGAUGGAUCCCUGCUACUGCUGAAUGUUCAGCAUGGACCAAGCAACAAGUAGAUGAUGGUGACUGUGAAUUAAUGACUGACAGUCAACGAUUAAUUUCUACAUCCUAAUUAUUUUCUAUUCUAAACCAUAUAUAUAUAUAUAUAUAUAACCUUGUUUUGUCUGUACAUAAAUCAGCAUAAUCAGGGGCUUUCCAUUCUAAUCUCCAUUGUGGUUUCGUUUUCAUCAUGAAAUGCAACGCAAAUUCUUCCUUCUCUGUCUGUCUUAAGGAGAAGAUCAUUAUAAUUGCGUCUAUAUGUUAGUAUAUAUUGAUAUCUGUUCGUAUUUUUCAAAUAUUUUCUAUGCUUCUUUUGAAAGCAAAAUCCAUCUUGAUAAAUAUGUUCAUCUUUCACAUUUGACAUGUACUGUUGUUUACUUCUUGUGUGUGUGUAUGUCUGUUUGUGCGUAUCUCAGCCUGUGUUUUGCUUAAUGCUCUUCACUGUCCAACCUAACGUACAAAUUAGUACUAGUCUUUCCGUAUCACCUUUUUUUCUUUUCUAUACACUACUCUCCAUUGAACAGCGAAACACGGAGACACACAUAUACAAGUGCAUUGAGGUACUUUGGAUCAAGUAUGUACAUCUUGAAUCUCUUCCUAAAUAAAGAUUGCAAUUUUUCAAAGAAAAUGAAGAGAUCAUGCCCAGUAUUCAUGAUACUGAUUACAACGGUAUAUUUUAUAUACUCUAAUGUACUUUUUCUCAUUCCUAUUUGCUUAAUCUUGUCCAUUUUCCUUUUAUUGCUUGACUUUCUACCUUGUUUCUUUCAGUUAUCUUUCUUCUGCCUAUCU